AACACGGCUGCACCAGAACAAGUGCACUCUACGCUUCAGCUGGAGUCUGCUUCACCGUGCCUUUUUUGUCCCGGGAAUAUCUCAAUGUCUAAAGCCAUCUCUCUGACUGAAACACAACAGGAGAAGCCCAGAGAAAUGAGUCUCCAACAUAAAGAAAGAGAACUGACCCGGCCUGAGAAGGAGUCCCGGGACAGGAGAGCACGGGGGGCCAGUACACACCUCUUCACCUCCAUGACUGUCUCAGGGACCACCAUGUGUUCAGCCUGCAGCAAGCGCAUCACUGCCAAAGAGGCCCUCAACUGUGCCUUGUGCGGUAUCAAUGUCCAUAGCCACUGUCAGGACGGCUGCCCAGACUGCUCCAAAACCAAGCACAGGGCUAAACCCACCAUACUAAACUCCUCACUGCAGAAUGACAUAGUGAAGACUAAAGCCCGCAGGCUCCCAGAGAGGCCCAGUUCUGCUGUGUAUGCCUCAGACAGCUUCCGCCGCUCCAUCCUGGGCUCCUGUCGGGGGCGGGGCUUAUCUCUCUCCAAGAGCGUCUCCUCCAAUAAUAUUGUUGGGUUUCUGAGCGAGGACUCCUCUUUGGGACUGAGGCGGAUCUUGUCUCAGUCCACAGACUCGCUCAUCUUCAGGACCAGAGCUCUGUCAGUGGAGUCCCUCAGUGAUGAUGGGGCAGAGGGCCAGUACAGUAACGUGAUGGAGGACACUGAUGCGGAGGGCCAGCAUUUUAAAGCAGAUUCGUGGAGCUUGGCUGUGGACAGGACUUACCUCCAGAAACACCACCGUGUGGUCAUCAAGAGACAAGACGUGAUCUACGAGCUGAUUCAGACCGAGCUGCACCACAUGCGCACUCUGAGGGUGUUAGAGCGAGUGUAUCGCCAGGGUCUGCAGGAUGAGCUCCACCUGGACCCGAGCACUGUGGAGAUCCUGUUCCCUCAGCUGGAGCACCUGUGUCACAUCCACGGUCGGUUCCUCAGCCAGCUCCUCCAGAGGCGCAGUGACAGCUUGGAACCGGGGUCAGCCAGGAACUACACCAUCCACAGACUGGGGGACAUCCUACUGGACCAGUUCUCGGGCCAGCCUGCAGAGGACAUGAGGAAAACCUACGCUGAGUUUUGCACACGUCACUUAAAGGCUGUGAAAGUGUACAAGGAGACGCUGAGCAAAGACAAGAGAGUCCAGGCCUUCAUUCAGCGCAUCGGCCGCAGCCCUGCCCUCCGGAGACAUGGAUACCAGGAGUGCAUUUUGUUAGUGACCCAGAGAAUCUGCAAAUACCCUGUACUCAUCCAGCGCAUCCUGGACAGCACCGUGGAUGAAGAAGAGGCGUCCUCUCUCUCCCAGGCUCUGCUGAAGGCCAGAGAACUGCUGACUGCCAUUGAACAGCAGAUGGAUGAGCUGCAGAAGAGCCAGAGGGUGGAGGAGAUCCAUGCCACCCUGGACCCGAAGGUGGUGGCCCGUGUCAGGGAUGGGCGAGUGUUCAGGCCCGAGGAGCUGCUGCGCCGGAGCCUGCUACACGAGGGCACUCUGUUUUGGAAAAGCCCUGGGUCACGUCUUAAAGAGGUGCAGGUGCUCCUCCUGACUGACAUCCUGGUGUUUCUUCAGGAGAAGGACCAGAAGUACAUCUUCACCAGUCUGGACAAGCCCCCGGUUCUGUCCCUACAGAACCUCAUCGUGAGACCCAUCGCCAACCAGGAGAGGGGGCUGUUCUGCAUCAGCGACGCCUCUCCUCCAGAGAUGUACGAGCUGCAUGCUGCGUCUAAAGAGGAACGCACUGUGUGGAGCCAACACAUCCAGCAGGCAGUGCGCAAGUGCCCUUCCAGAGAGGAGUUUCCUUUGAUAGAGUCCGAACAUAAGGCCCGCAUCAGGAGACUCAAAGCUGAUCUGCAGCAUAAAGACAGUGAAGUGCUGGACCUGCUCCACCAGAGGGUAGCACUGUUCUCUGAGCUGUCAGAGCUGAGCAGUGGCCAGAGCCUGCACUCUGCCAACACACGCUCUCUGUUCAGGGCAGACACACUGCAGGCACCACGGGCCGAACGACUGCUGCUGGAGGCAACCAAGGAAGUGGACACUCUAAGUGAGCUGCUCUUGGGCUUCUCUGGCAGCUCCACUCCUGAACAUGGCCCUAUGUGUCAUGGGGAAGUGUCACUGAAUGGGGCUCAUGUACACAAGGACAUCUGCCAGAGACUGCUGAGCCUCAGCAUAGGCCUCCAUGCACUGCAGGGGGCUGUCAUCAAGCAGGACUCCAUCUUGGAGCUGCUGCUGCAGCCAGAGGAGGAGUGGCGCCUCAGGAAAGACGGGGACAGUCCGGAGGUGGGGGCCAUAGGAGAGCUGGCUCUGCUCCAGAGGCAGCACAGCUUGCUCCAGGAUGAGCUGCUGCGGCUGCGAGACGCCGAGCGCAGGUUCAAGCAGAGUGAGAGAGAGCGUGCACGCCUGGAGCAACAGAUGCGCCAUCUCAUCAGUGUGUCAGCAGUCUCAAAGGGGGCAACCACACCCAGAAAUAAGGUGUGCACUGUGCGCUGGCAAAGUCAAGAGCUGCAGGACGUCAGUGAUGAAGAGAUGGAGGUGGUGACAGAUGAGGAGGAGGACGACAGGCCAGCUGACAGGUUCAAAGAUAUCAAGGCAGCCUCACAGGUCUGACCUCCUGCACAGUCCACACACUGGAUGUUCUCUCAGGAUCAACACCGCCAUAGACGCUACAAUACAUGCCUACCACCAACAUCCUGAUCCUCUAUAAUCAAGCUCCAUGUCGUGUCAUUGCUAGUGAUGGGCGAGUCCAUGCCAAAAUACUGAUUUCAAUAGUGCCAAGGUUUUGAACGAUAUCGACUCUAAUGAUAAAGCAACACUUUUAAAAUUCUCAAACUGUAAUCAAUUUUGAAAUACAUAAUUUAUAUUUCAACUCAUUGUUUAGUACAGCUGCUCAGAUUUGAAAAAUUCGGACAGUUUGAGCUGGAGGAGCACACAAAAGACAGCUUUUAAUUCCAAAGGAAAAUUAUUGAAAGUAUCAGUGCAUAUUUAUACAAAACGCUUUGUGAACAGUAUUGGAUCGAUAUCACAAUAUUUGCUUAACUAUUACUUGAUAACAGAACAAAUCAGGGUUAUCGUCCAUCACCUUCCAUCAAACUGGCCUUCCAUCAGACUGUCCUUCCAUCAAACUGGCCUUCCAUCAGACUGUCCUUCCAUCAGACUGUCCUUCCAUCAUACUGUCCUUCCAUCAUACUGUCCUUCCAUCAGACUGUCCUUCCAUCAUACUGUCCUUCCAUCAUACUGUCCUUCCAUCAUACUGUCCUUCCAUCAGACUGUCCUUCCAUCAUACUGUCCUUCCAUCAUACCUCCUCCUUCCAUCAUACUGUCCUUCCAUCAUUCUGUCCUUCCAUCAUACCUCCUCCUUCCAACAUACUGUCUCAUCACAGCAGUCAAAGCUUGUCCUGUGAGGGCCUAAAUGCCAAAGUUUGAAAGAACACAUUACAUAUUUGUUGGUCUUCUGAUUGGGUGGGGUGUUAGGGGCACAGGAUUAUAGGGGUGGGUACAGGGGUGGGAGGGUACAGGGGUAGAGUGGUACAUGGGUAUAGGGAUGGGUACAGGGGUGGGUAUAAGAGUACAUGGGCAGUGUGGUCCUGCAAAGGGAUGGGUCCUUUAUGGGCUUGGAAAUGACAAUCAGGUUUGACAACUGUCAAGGCACAAGUGUUCCAGAGAGAACCAUUCAUUUAGUGACAGAAUAUAAGUAUGAUUACAUUUUUGCAUUUACAAUUUCUAUAUACUGAGAAUGUAACUGAAGGUUUUCAGUUCAACUCCUGCUGCCUGCAUUGCUUGUUGGUGUGUCGUUGGGCCAGUCUUCCCUGGUGGAUGUGGUUCAGAGGUAGCUGAAGACUGACUGAGUGAUACUGAGGAGAAGUGAAACAUGGACUCACGUCAAGUGCUUGGAGAACAUUAGAAGUGCAAUAUAAACCUGAGCCAUUAUGACAUGUGUGAAUGUGCUUUUCUAUUUAAAGGCCUAUUGUUUAAUAUUGAUGUGAUAAAUCUUAUACAGGUGGCAAUAACAAAUACAGACUUUGUGGUGUGAGCAUGCUGCGUAAACGUGGAAUAAAGUUUACCUUAUAUGA